CAUCUGGCAUGUUUAUAAAGCUUGGAAGGACAGCCACAGCUCUCAAGUUGCCUUUUGAGACAUGACAUGUUGAAAACAGGUCAUUGCACAGUGGCAUGUGAUGGGCAGUAGGAGAGAUGGCCUCAUUCGUCUCUUACCUCUAUUUCCUACAGCUCUAAAUAAGCAGACUUCAGCACGAGGAGGAGUUCUGGCACCACCGGGAGGGGCUCAGCAGGGCAUUUUACCCCUGGAGGCUGAAACUGCACAGGAAGAGGAGCAUGGGCCCUCCCGUCUUUCAGCUUUCAGAAAGGCCAAGGCGUUCCAGGAUCAGAUAUCAUUAAAGGUCCCGGCAUUCAGUGUGCUACGCACCAACUCUCUCAUAGCAUUUGAGGCAAAGAAACGAAGGAGGUGACAGGCAUGAGAAAGUCUAGAUGGAGGAGAUCAAACCAGCAGUGAAGUCUGUCCCGUUCUUUUAUGAAGAGACAUCCUGAAGAGACUUGCUGUAGUCAAACAUUCCUGCACUGGCAAGUGCUGUAUAUCUGAGGAGACUUGUGGUAUGCUGUUGUCCCUGUGCUGGAGUAUUUCGCUGGGAGAAGCUUUUGGUUUGCCUCCUAGAUUGGUCAGAAUGUGGCUGCUCUAUCCUACAUGGCCAAGGGGAAAGAAUAGCCAUGAGAUACUUCAGAAGAGACAGCACGAUCUGGUGGUGGGAUGCAGAGGUCUGAAGUCUCUUUCUUGCUCUGUCAAGCAUGUGCUCUUCAGGUUUGGUGCAGACUUGUCUGCUGGAGCUGGACCCUGCAGCUCCCCUGACAGCGUCUGGACCCAAACUGCUCAAGCAGCUAGUCUCCCAGUUCAGCCAGCACCACCAGCCAGUGUCUGCCCAGCUAUACCCUGAAGAAUUGAAGCUCCCAGGAUCUGCCAAGUAUCAAACAAGGUAAAUGUUUCCCUGGCAGACCAGGCUACACAGCAGCUUCCAUGUGUGGGCACUCCCUCCAACUCCUGCUUUCUGGUAGACUGAAUUCAGCCGUUCACAGACACAAAGUUGUGGUAAGCUUAUAUCCAAAUAAAAAUUGUCGGUAAGGCAUACCUCUGCAUACCUUCCCUUAGCACUGUCUUGGCCUUUCUUGGGUCAGUGUUCCCUACAUUUGCUUCUAGAGUUUUUAUUUCCACUCCUGCCAGACUAAUUGUAAAUGUCUUAGCUGAGACAGCUUUCAGUUUCUGUCAUUUCCUAAGCAACCAAAUGUCCAUACGUUUCCACAGGGGUCUGUAAAUAUCCCACGGUAUGUUCUCCUAAUUAGAAAACAAUGUCUAUAGCUGUGUUUAUAUUCCUACGCUUAUUAGGAAGAUAAAAGGCAAGGCUGGUUUUGUGUGCAACCUGAGAUUAUUCAUUUCUGUGCUGUUUGGAGGGGGUUUUUAAUUGGUUUUUAAGAAAUGUAUCUUGGGGGUUCCUUGGUUACUGAAUCAACACAAACAGAGGGUUUACAGCGAGCUAUUGUAUGAAAUUACAGAUCAUAUGUUACCUGUGAACUUUCGGAGUUUGUUCAACUCCAAAAAUGCAGGUUGAGUUAGAUAGGAAAAAAAAUGCAAGGCUUCAGCAAUGAGCCAACUUCUUGGGAGACAUAACUUGUGGUGGAGCUGUAUGUUUCACAUCAGUUGGGCAGAUCUGGUAAAAUGUGUCUCAAAGUCAAUACAUGUUUGUAUAAAGGGGACUCAGAGGUUUCCCAAAUUUCUAGGGAGAUUCCUAGUUUUCUAGAAACAUAAGGAGAGAAUCUAAUAUGUCAUCGGUUCUACUCUUCCAUAUAACGCAGACUGUAGUAAUAAAAAUCAAUUCCAGAUCAAUGUAUUUUGAACUGAAUAUGUGUUUGAGAAAGGAGUCCAGUCUUGCUUCAGAGGUAGUCAGUAGUGAAGAGUUGAUUACCUUAGUAAAUUGCUCCAGUUGUUAGAAAUUUUCACAUCAGGCCACAGCCACCAAAUCUCAUAAUAUCGCUUGUCUGCCAGAAUGAAAAUCCUAAAAUCAGUUUUAUUCCCAGUAUUUCUGCUUCAAUAGAAUAUAAGAACACUCUGUAACAGGAAGAGUAAGUUGCAGUCUUGGAUACUUCUCCCUGAAAGCUAUUUUGCAACCUUUUAAGUCAACUCAUGGCUCUUUGAAUCUUUUCCAGUCUAUCAACAUACUCUGAAUGGUGGGCCCAGAAGUUGCACACCUCCAAAUGCACCAUUACCAAAUGCAAAGGUGGUGGGAUCACUCGGUGUCACUGAUGAAAUCACACCAUAGAAUCACAGAACCGUUGACUGGAGGAUCCGUUUUUGGACACAUGCUAACCAUUGGUUGCCCUACAGGGUAAGGCAGGCCUUGAGUUCCUCUCUCAGUCCUGCCCUGGCCCCUGCCACCCUCACAAAAGGCUGAAGGCAGUAGCAUGGAGGAUGCAUGCACAGGACUGUGGUGUCUGUAUGAGUCCUCAUUUUCUUUAGUCAUGAAGGGCACAGACACACAGCGCCGUGCCUCUCUGCUGGGCUGCAACAGGAAGAGCUUGAUUCAAUGCUAACACUUAAACAAAUAGUGUGCUGACCUACCAAUUAAUAGAGCAGCCCUUCUUGCUUAUUUUUUUCCCGGCAUUUAAACAGCAGCACAUUCCACUUGUGUAAAAAGACUGCUGUUUGGAGUGUGCUGGAAUCAGGUGGUGAGCAUACCAACAGCCAGACAGGAUACUGUGCUUCCUGUGAGAGUAAACACUGAAAGUCAUGCAAAGCAUCUUUCAUUCUGGCUUGGCUGCAACCGCCAGUACAGCCGCUGGAAAGGAAGGGACUUCACAGAGACAGAGAGAUUAUUCUCUUCUGGCUUGGAGACUACCUGGCCUUUUAAUCAUAGUUGAAAGCCUGUAUUUUUAAAGGUUGCUCACUUUGUUGGCAGAGUGCACACCUACAAGCCUCCAUUUUCUGGGAGCUUGCAGUCUCGCUCAGAGGUCUGCCACAUAGGAACACAACCAGUGUGUAGAUGCUCAGCAGCUCUUAAGUUUGUGGGUAAGACUGCAGCUUGGGAGGACUGAAGGAGCAAGUUUCAUACACAGCAGAGGUAAAGUUCCUGUGCCAGAAACUCUCUGACCUAUUAAGUUGUCUUCAGGAUUUACAGGAACUAACCUGAAAAGCCAGAUUCCUCCCCAAAACUAUAUGGAAACCAUUUGCUAGGCGUUCAGGACACCUUCCCACGUGACGUGCUUGUUGACAUAUGAACAGGCUGGAACAGAUACCAGUGGUGUCCUUACUGCUGCAUUUUACAAGCUGCAUUGUUCACAGUCCUGAGGACAGAGUGAUUUGCAGCCAUUCCAUGUGGUUUGCUGGCAUUUCCAGCCAACUACAGUGAGGAUGAGCACAGGAAAGCCAUUGGGAUCACAGUAGCCGGCAUGUUCUGCAACAGGUCAUUCUGACCUUCCAUCAUAAUGUUCGGGUGUUGUAUUUUACACUAUUUAGAAGGCUUCCAUUGAAGUGGGCUGGAAGGAAAUCAAGCGCCCUGCAUGGGCAUGUGUGAGCUGCGUUUCAACAAACUUUAAUUUCCAUAAACAAGGGCAGUUGGAAAUCUGGCCCACUACUUCUGUCUGCCUUUGCUCCCCACCUGUAGGGUAGACAUGGCAGCACAGUCUGACUCACAGAGGUGUCUGGGGAGAGAAAUAUAACCACCGUGGAGGAGCAGCUCAGUUAAAACAAGUCAGAAGAGUAAAACAAUCCCAGUGUCCACAGCCAGGUCCCUACAGGAUUUCUCCAUCACUUUGUGCAAGGAGCUUUUCAGUUUUCUAACGAUCAAUAAAAAUGAGAUUAUACUAUAAAAAAGCUUGCCUUUCAUACUGAUAUCCACAUGGUCAUCGAACAAAUUUUCCCUAGCUGGUCUAUUAUUUGUGUUUUCCUCGUGGAAAAUUCAGUAUUUUCAUUUUAACUUGCAAAACUGUAUUUCUAUCAAACUUUGUUCAGAUUUUUAUAGUGUCUAACACUACUUCUAGGGUGCUCUGUUAUUCAUUGAGGCUUAAUGCUCUUGGAGUCAUUUUGGUAAACCAGACAUAUGGCUAUUUUCAUGAAAUCCAGUGUAACAUCAGUCCAGGCUUUUGGAGAGAAAUGGUUUUCAGGGCUGCCAGUUAAUUUGUGAAAAGAUACUACAAGGAUAUUCUCUCUCCAUUGCGUAUUUCUUCCCCAGUAAAACUACAGAGUGUUCUAAUAAUUUCAUGUCUGAAAAUGUUUUAAUAUCUGUUCCCUCUUGUCUAGCAAUGUUUUAGGUGAAGAACAAACACGAUACCUUUUUAGCAGAAAAGGCAAUGGCUUAAAAACACUGAUAUUUUUGGAGUAUUUCCAGCUGAUCUGUUGAUCUGUACUUUGACAGUUGGCUUUAUUUAUUCUCUGUGCAGUAUGUUUAAAGUAUUUUAUUGCUUCCACAGUGUUAGCAAAGAUCUUUGGAGAAAAGAAGGCUUGAUGAGGAUAUUUUGAGGUCUGUGUCCUGCAACGUGCUCUGCUUACCAAAGUUUUCAUCAUAAAUCUUGAUGAUAUAACCCCAUUCCCUAGAAAUGCAGAUUCCAAAGUUCUUUAUCACCAUCACCUGUCUUCUGUAUUUCAGUGAGAAGCGUAUUAGCACUGAACAUUCCUGUCUCACCCCAUGUGAAUGGCAAGGGGUGCUUCUGGCUUUGAUCUUUUUGUCUGUUGCAAUAGUAAUCUCUUCAGUGCAGGUACUCUGUGGAGGACAGAGGCAGGACAUGGACAAGCCCCAGUUGUGUUUGUGAUUGGUAUUGCCCUAACAGAUCACGAAAACACGGUAAGAAAUCUGACUCUUAAAAAAUCACAAACUAUACUUUACAACUCUGUUCCCUUGGUAAGGGGCAAACCAAGGAAUGUAAUCAAGUAUUUGAUAAAAACAGUAAUAAACACGUGUUCAACAACUUGUGAAUCUUACUCGUUUGACACCGUAUUGAAAAAAAACAUUUUAAGUACUACAAAAACUCACGGGCUGGAAGGUUUAAAACUUUUCCUAUAAAUUACAGCUCCGUUUUAAUCUGGAUUUAUAUUAAUGUUGUCUUAGUGCUUUAAAAAACUACCUGUCCUGAAAUGAAACAUGUGAAAUUAAUCUACUCCAAUUCCUUUUGCAUUAUUCUCUUUACAAGCUGGAAAUCUAACUUAUCUGUAUCUGAUCAAGUGCCAGUAAUGACAGUCUUUAAGCAAAAACUUACCCGAAUUCCUGACAUGGUUUAGUUUCAAGAUAACCAAGUACAGAUUUCCAGGGUAUUUCUGUAAUUGAUUUUGUAUUCGGUGUCUAUUUAUAAGAGAUUUUUGUCAUAUGAGAGUGGCCAAGGUCAUUCAGAGUUUGGCUUUGCACCCAAAUUACUGGUGUUAGUAUUUACUUCCUAGUCAUUUUUGUUCAGCUAUGGGAAGAUUAUUGACAGCCAAUUAACAAGAAGUGGGAUAUGGCAAGCCUGGGUACAAGGACAUUCCGAUAUCUUUGUUCUGGUGAAGCGAGGAGCCUGGAAUUAAACUGCACGUAGUACACACCAGGGCAUAGGACAGCAUUCAGUCUUGUGGGUUUGUGGUUAUUGCACCUUGCCAGUUCAAGGAUCUUUGUACUCAGCCCUGUAGAAAGACUCCCGCAUCAGCCCUGCUGGGCAGACAUUUAUUUCCUUUCCAGAAGGUAUGGAGGUGACAUGUCCAUGUUAAGGCCAAAAAUGCAAGUCCUGCUCAGAGACUGGAACUGUUCGGAUUGCUGGAUGAGGAUUUUGCUGCGCCAUUCAGCCCUACCCGCGGUGGCCCGCAUUCCGCAGUCUGGCUGGGUGCUACGUUCAGCAUGUCUUCGGUGUAUCACUUGUGACUCUUCCCCUGUGGCUGGAUCUCAGGAUGAACAACCUCAGAGACUCUGCAGCCCACCUAGGCCUUCCUAAUUAACACAUUCUCAAGUUCUCAUUGCCUCCCUACUCAUGAUAUUUGUGGUAUUUCAUCGCUACAUCUUGUGGCAGCAGUCAAGGGACGUUGCAAUUGGAAAUGAGUCUGUGCAUUGGAGAGAAAAUACUUGGCUCUGGGAAGAGACAUGGAGGAAAUGUGUGACAGAGAGCAGCGCUCCCUUGGUAAGGGGAACUUACCAUGAAGUAGUAGUGAUGGACAUCCUCAUUGUGGCCAAUUUUGGUUAAGCACAGUCCUGAGUGGAUGAACAAGGACAGAAGGUGCCUGAAUGCCACUGACAUUAAUGUAAACUCCUGGAGGAUCUGCUAGAGGUAAUGCCGUUGCUUUGGAUGAAUAUUUGUCUGACACAGCAGUAAUGUGCAAUCAAGACGUGGAGCUAAGUCAGAGACCUGAGAUUCUGCCCAAAUGAAAACCAAGGGGAUGAAUUCACCCUGGUACCUUUUAAGCAGGCUGAAUACAAAGCAAAUUGUUCAGAGCCAGCUACUGCAUUUCAAAACCUGCAGUUUUAUUCAUCUAAAAUAUUCCAGCAUAAGAAAAAGCAAUUUAGGACUAUUCUCUGCUUUGUCUGGUUUAGAUCUUAAACUCCUGAGGAUAGGGGCUGCCUUGCAAUGCCUGACACUGAGGCCUUAAUGUUGAUCCAGCCCAUUCAGUGCAGAGAUAAUGAAAAAAGAGCUCUGCCAUAGCUUUGUAUUGCUCUGUAGGCCUGGGCAACAGGAGGUCAUCUUGUGUAAGGUUUCAGAGAUUUGGCUGACAAAAUACCUGAUGAUGCGGUUUUUUAGCCAGUGUUACUGCUGGUGAGUUGCUAUUAGCAGAGACCUAAUCUGAAUACAAAUAUCUGUGGAAACACAGUUUACAGCAUCUGGCAAAUUUAUGCUGGAACUUCCCAUGCGAUCCAGGGAUCGAAGCAGGAUGAUUUAUGUGAUCUUUCUAGCCAAUCAUCGGUAUCUUACUGGAAAGGUUUGAAAUUCCACCUAAAAUCACAGUGUGAAAGGUUUUUAAAAAUGCCAGGAAGUUAUUUUCAGGGUUGUCCUGGAUUUGCACAAAACUGGUAGCACAAAGGCGAGAACAGCUGGAGGCGUAAGUGGGAAGAGAACAGCAUCUGAAGGAUUCUCAAGGGGAUUUUUUCAUAAAAAAGGGAGGUGAAUGAGAUGUUGUUGCCUCAAAUAUCUGACAAACAGAGGAGUAAGGCAUGAAACUAGUAGCUGGCAAGACAGCCAGGUCCAGUGUCUGCUGGCAUAAGUGGGGUUCAAACCACUGGGCCUACUGCAGAAAAGGAUUUUGCCACUGGUUAUCCUGGGAUGAGGCUGUGACAUGAACUCUCGUGUCAAAACGUGACUGAACUGCUUAUCUCUGCUGGACGCCCAUGUCUUCGCUGUCAAUGCAAAUAUUGUUCCUAACAUGGAUCUGCCAGAACUUCGUGCUUUGACAAGGGUAUUUUAAAUGUCGUAGGCAAGAUUCUUCAUGCAGAGAAAGAAGAUUUGAGAGGUGUGGCCACCAGCAAUACCGAAAUCCAUCAGAAUUUCAAUUCAGGGCAUACCUGGGAAGCGUAAGCAUGAUGCAGUGUUCUCUGUGCGUGGCUCGUUCCUAGAUUGGGCUCUGGAAAAAGCAGCAUCCAUCAUUACUGCCAGCUUUCCACUACAGUCCCUCUUAUGUCCCCCUUUCCUGUGCUGUCUGCAUUUAUAGCCCCAAAAUGCAGCCAGGGCCAGAAUUGUUCCAGAAGUACAAUGUGUUCGUGUAUUGCUUUGGAUUAGAGAUGGUAGAAUGGUGCCACAUUUUUCCCAAAUAUUGAGAGUUUUCCAGCUAGUUCUGGCUGGUCGCUCUGCUGAAGUCAAAACAUUGGCUGAGACAAAUUUGAAGAUGUUUUGUGCCAUUUCUCAGUGAGUGUGGUUGGUUGUUUAUCUUUCGAACAUCAGCACUUCCUGCAUCAGCACCAGAUUUUCUCUAGGAAACAUAAAAACGCCUUUUCAUUUUGGCCUUUGGGAAACCUUUUGAAGUCUUCCAGCUGAAAAAUAGCAAGGUCCCCAGGCUUGAGUAUGAGUAUUUGUGGACACUUUACAACUGCUGAGGGCUGAGAAGCAAAUGAAAGUGCUGGGAUCUGUGCUAGGAGGGUGCAACAAGAGAUAAACAUGCAACAGCAUAUUGCUUUGAGCCCUCCCCUACUGUUUUCCAGAAGAAUCUUCAUGGAAAAUUGUCUUCUCAGCCACAAGUGUAAAAAAGCACUGCUUUGUGUUGCCUUUACUUUUAGUAACUUUAGUGUCAUUGGUUAUACAUUUGACCCAUUUUUAGUGCUCCCCGGUAUAUAUUCUUCCCAAAGGAAAAACAACCUGGAGCAUCAGCUAUGUCUUUCUUCUCUCUCCAAGAGCAAAGCAAAGACCCAAGGGGCAUCCUGCAUCCCUGUAAGAAAGCAGCUUUGCCUUCUGAGAUCAGCUACCUAACGACACGUCUGUUUUUCCAUCUGUUCUGACUGGAUCCCAUUUCUUUCUGCAGACCUUGCCUGGGGUUGCUGUCCAUUUCAGGAGAUGCUGUCCUGUCUACUUUGCCUGUUUAAGGCGCCAAUAUCCAGCUUCUACCUUUGGUUGCUUCCAUAGGUGCUUUGAAUCCAGCCUGGUGCUCUCUUAAAUGGAGAAAUUGCUGCCUAACUGAUCCUUUGUGGACUUCUGACCAAAACCAUCCAGUGCAACAUAUGAGGACAGUUGGAAUGGGAAGAUAUAGCAUGGUUGACCAAAAUCCAGACUCAUCUGGACACCUUGGGCAUCUCCCACUGCAUCAUUCAGGCCCUGAGAGUAACUGCAUGCCAGGAUGGCAACUUCAAACCUGGAGAAUCAGCUGCACAGCGCCCAGAAGAAUCUGUUGUUUCUCCAGCGGGAACAUGCCAACACACUGAAAGGUUUGCACGCCGAGAUCCGGCGCCUGCAGCAGCACUGCACAGACCUAACCUAUGAGCUGACUGUGAAGAGUUCAGACUUGUCAGGAAGCAUUAGUUCAAGAAGCGAUGAACUCAAAAGAAAGUGUGAAGAUCUUGAAGCUCAGCUGAAAGUCAAAGAGGCUGAAAAUAAUGAAUUAUUAAAAGAACUUGAACAAAAGAACGCAAUGAUAAUGGUGCUGGAAAACACUAUUAAAGAAAGAGAAAAGAAGUAUUUGGAAGAGUUAAAAAUGAAAAGCCAUAAGCUCAAUAUGCUGUCAAGUGAACUAGAGCAGAGAGCAAGCACUAUCGCUUAUUUAACUUCUCAGCUGCACGCUACGAAGAAGAAGCUCAUGAGUUCAAGUGGGACUUCGGAGGGGACCCCUUCUGGCAGUCCAGUGUUGUCCAGCUAUAAGCCGGCCCCUCCCAAAGAUAAACUGCCUGAGACUCCACGGCGCAGAAUGAAGAAGAGUUUGUCGACGCCACUCAACCCGGAGUUCGAAGAGGCCUACAGAAUAGGAUCGGAUAGCCGGAAGCUGCUGUUAAGAGAGCAUGUGGAUGCCAUGCCCGAUCCCACCCCGUUUCUGUUGGCCAGAGAAACAUCAGAGGUCCACCUGAUUAAGGAGAGGCCGCUGGUUAUUCCACCGAUUGCUUCGGAUCGAGCGUCCGGUGAAUCGCACAGCCCAGCCCGAGAGAAGCCGCACAAGGCGCACGUUGGAGUGGCGCAUCGCAUCCACCACGCCGCGCCCUCCCAGCCUCAGCCAGAGGUCGAAACGCUGGCGGUGGAUCAGGUCAAUGGAAGCAAGGUGGUCAGAAAGCACUCAGGGACAGACAGAACUGUUUGAGUCAAAUCACUGUUGCCCUAUUCUGUUGCUGUUUAUGCACUGUGAUCCUAUAGGAUAAAUAGCACCUGCAGUAAAGUUUCUUUUGAUGCCCCAUGCAUGCCAAACUUCUUCCACAUACAUCAUUAAUAGAUUAUUCUCCUCUAUUGAAACCUACUAGGACUGUGUUCAUAUGGCAAGGUAUAUAACUACUAAAUGCUGUGGCCAAAUCAGGGGUACCUGACUGCUUGCUUCUGAGCACUGCUCCAUUUAUUGUAUCUACACGUGUGGACAAAGGCACAUGCUGCAGGCUGUGUUAUUAACAAUAUUAGUGAAAACAAACUUACCUAUAAACCUGCAGCAAUAGGUAUUGGCUGUUAGCAUUUGAAAUAGCAAUGGUUCUUUUGUCUUCACUGUGUAUGUAGCACUUACUUCAUACACAAACAUUAACUUUCAUGACGAAGCCUUUCUCAUGGUAGCAUUGAAAAUCCUCGCGGCUGUACAUACACUAAGGACUUUUUUCCCUCAGAUGCUCUCAGUUGCGACCUGUGUUCAUAGUUUCUCAAAAUCCUGAGAGUCCCAGUAAGCAUUGUUUAGUCCUAAAUACUUUGGUUUGUGGCUUUAAGUAAAAAAAGAGGAAGAAAUGUGGAAAAAUCACUGUCUUCAAUGGUUAAUGGUCCUCUCAGAAAGAGUACAAACAUGUUGCUUUUGUUUUUUUUAAACUGAAUGGCUUCAGUGCACAUUUUACACUGGUCUGUCAGUACGCUGCACUUGUGGCACCUUCCAUUCUGGCUUAGAGCUCCUUUUUUCAGGGAGAAAAAGUACCUGACUGUCCUGUAGGAGAAUGGUUCUUUAUGCUCUAGCCUGCACUUUUUUAUGAAGGGUUGUUUUUUUUUGUGUGUGUGUUUUGUUUUUUUUUUUUCUUGUAAAGUUUAGACUUAUUCAGGGUAUCACCGGACAGUUCUGACUUCUGAUAGUUUAGAAGCCUGAGCUGUCCCUCUAAAAUGCGUGUACUCAGUUUUAAAUGUAACUGACUUACUAGAGGAGAACCUGGCAUCCAUGAUUUUUAGCCUAUCCCUGGAAGUUGGGAUGCACUUGCCUUGUACUUGUCCUGGUUCCCCUGUCUAGUUAGCAACAGGGAGACCCUGCAUCUGUUGUUAGACUACUUGAUUUUUGUUUCUUCUUUUUGUUCUUUUUUCUAGGAAAGAAAGGCAUACUGAGAGCUGUGUGAGUAUGUAAUUUUGGGAAGGAGUUUUUCUUAAAUUCUGAUCAGCACCUCCAGCUUGCCUCUGCUUCACUCUUGUCUGCAGCCUCUGAGUAGGACCAGCAAGAAAAAACAGCUCCCAAAUGCUGCUAAGCUUAUGAUGUGCCUUCAAAAACUUGGAACACGUAACCUUUGUAAAAGCUGAUGAAGGAUCCCUGCCUGCUCUCUUUCCUUCCCCUUGCCAGCUGUAGUCUGCCCCUCCAGCUUUUUUUCUGCAGCUGUGUGUUGGUGUGUUUCCCUCUGGAGCCUUGGGUAACUAUUUGUCAGCUUCCUCCCCCCCCCCCAAAAAGGCACUGACAGGAUGAAAAAAGCUGUUCUUCUUACCUGUGGUACUGCUACCUUCCCUGUGCAGCAUGGUAACUUACAGCAGUGUUGGGCCCAGUAACAGAGGAUCUGUGCCCUCUCCCUGUGCACCCUCACAGCUCAGGCACUUGCUCAUUUGAGAAGCCCAAGAAAUGCUUGUCAGCAUUGUGCCUUGCCAGCUGUGCGCUAGGAUUUGUUUCAUCAAGUGUGGGGAGGGAUAGGGAAAAGCUGUGUUCCUGAAAAAUGAUUGGUUAAAGAGAGUUUGUUAUUCUGGAGUUGUAAGUGCAUUGUGUUAACCACCAGUGUUUUCGGUUUGGGGGUUGUUUUUGGUGGUGGUUGCCAUAUUUUUAUGGCUGUUGUAUGAGUGAACUGCCACUUGUUCAAGGCUGAUGGAAGGCAUCGCUUCCAAACCCAGUAGAAGUGAUGCUUUGGGCAAUUAAAAACAUUUCUUACAACCAUA